AUGGCAUCUGAAAGCGAUAAAUUCAAUCAAACAUCAGAGACAGAAGAUGCACUGGUGCUGAUGACUAAUCGAGAGAAAAAACGACUAAAAAUGUCGGAAUUAGAAAAGAAUCUUGUAUUAACCAAUCAACAGCGAAAACAACUGGAUAUGGAACAACAAGUCGAUCACCCACCAGAGAAACGAAUCACAAAUCAAGAGCGUAAACGGUUAGAAAUUGAGGCUGGCAUUAGUCAGCAAAAAGGACGUGACCGAGACGGAUCGAAUCAGGUACUCUAUCCAAGCACAUUCUCUGGUCGAAAAUCUUGUAUUUCACAGAUUCAAGGACAAGUAGAUGACCCAGCAGAGAAACGAAUCACAAAUCAAGAACGGAAAUGGUUAGAAAUUGAAGCUGGUAUUAGUCAGCAAAAAGGACGUGGUCGAGACGGAUCGAAUCAGGUACGUCAUCCAAGCACAUGGACUCACCUAGGUAUUUCACGGAGUCGAGAACAAGUUGACGACUCGCCAGAAAAAAUAAUCACAAAUCAAGAACGAAAACGUUUAGAAGAGGAUACAGUUGGCACAAAAAUUGGUUACACAUCAACUACUGGCUAUUCAAAUGAAAGAAAAAGCUAUAGAAGUCAAUGUAAAGUACCUGCCAGUUAUAAAGAUGACGGAUGUGCCAAAGAACCAAGAAGACGUGUGGUCCGUCGUAUUCGCCCACCGAAAGACUCACCGCUUGAUCUAUUUGGUAAUCCAGCGAGCUCUCAGUAUGACUUGGCUCAGGACGGUUCAAUGUACCCGUUUAGGCUGUUAAUUGGGAAAUUUUAUAAUGGAGAGGGUUUUACUGUAAAAUCGUUCAUCCAACAUGUUGGUCAAAUGCUAGAUCAAAAAGGUUUCGACUGGUAUAUUACAGAGGAAGAAGAUGACUUUUUAGAAAAACUGAAUAGUGGCGAUUACAUUGUAGCUUGGAUAAUUAGCUUUUGUUCACUGCCCACACUAGUUGAGCAGUUUUCAGCAGCGAUUUUAAAGUACCACAAUGCCGGUAAUGGUCUAUUCCUGUUCGGCGAGAAUGAUAUUGCAUCUUUGGAUAAGACGAAUAUCGCAUUGCAAGCAAUAUUCGGUUCCGAAUACCUAUUAGAAGGAAAUACACCCGGCCAGGGUACAUUGAAACCAAGCCCUGACCCAUUUACAUCUGGUCAUUUUCUACAAGAUCAUUUGAUCAUGGCUGGCAUCGAAUCAUUGUAUGAAGGAAUAACAAUAUGUUAUCCAAGGGCACAACACUCUGAGCUACAAGUGCUAGCAACUUCAACAAAUGGUCAUUCUUGUAUCCUCUGUCGCGAUAUUGACGACAGCAAAGGAAGAGUGGUGGUUGAUGUUGGAUUUACAAAACUAUUUGAGCAGUAUUGGAAUACAGCUGGAACGGGACGAUAUGUAAUCAAUGUUUCAUGUUGGUUAACAGGCGUGAAUUUUAUUGACUAA